AUGUCUCAUCCUCCUGAUUCUCAGUCAGUUAACGCUGAAGUGGUCACUCAAGAGCAACCGAGUGAACCAUCUGUGAAAAACAAUAAAAACAAUGAUACUCUACCUUUCGAUAUCCUCUGCGAGAUUCUCGCUCAAGCAGGACAGAUGUCAUGGAGGGAAUCACCACUUUGGGGGACCGAACGGUUGGAAUCCUUUGACGAGAGCUUGACGCCGUCGUAUUUUGAGGAAACUAUUCACGAUUCUUGUUUGUCGCGUGUUGAACCCAUGCUAGUGCCGAUACGCCUUUCGCAAGUUUGCCGGAGCUGGAACUACGCAGCAAUAGCAUGUCCAGCUGUAUGGGCGAACAUCGACGUCCCCUUUGGAGGUAGGGAGGACAAGAAACGAGCUGAAUGGUACAUAAAAGCCGUCGAUAAUUGUAUCCAGAGGUCCAAAGCUGCUCCACUUAGUUUAUCGUUUAGUUGCGCUUGCUAUCACGAGACACGGGGUGCCAAACCGAUUCGUGACGCUGUGGAGCGCGUUCUGAAGAAGUUACUUAAUCAUCAGCAUCGGUGGAGACAAGCUUAUUUCACUUUCGGUGAAUGGAAAGCUAGCAGUGCAACAACAAUCGAGCUUCUUGACGUACCUCUUUUGGAAACGUUCUCCAUUUGUUGGAGAGCAUCUCUUCCGAGCGCAAGACAAAUAUAUAUUGAUACUUCGCAUUCUCCAAAGCUGAGAUCUCUGCACAUCGGUGGCCUUCCUCAUAUUGAAACUAGCGACGGGAAUUUAUCCAGCGUGACGGAGUUGACAUACCCCGAGGAUUCUGGAUACCAACACGGGAGAGUUCCUCUCCUCGAAAUUAUCCAACAGGUGCCGAAUUUGGAAUCUCUGACGUUCUUGUUCUUUCAAGGGCUAGAAGGGCAUGAAAAUCUGCAGUACCCUCCGACAUCAUUAUAUAAACUCCACACUCUUGAAUUUGACACCUCUAAGUCUUCUGCAUUUAUCAUCAGUAAACUAAUCUUACCAACACUGCAGCGCUUAAUUUGUCACCAGGACAAAUACAGUGCACACAUUCAGAGCUGGAGGUCUUUAAACACGUUUCGGCAGCCCCUCCCUUCUGUCGAAUACCUGGAUGUCAUUGGUUUCGAGAUUGUCGACUACAACCUCGCUCCGUUUAUUGAACUCCUUCCCAAUCUGAAAUCUCUUCGCAUGAUAGGCAUACAUACAUCCACCUGCAUAGGCAUUUCGCCGGAUUUCUUCGACGUGCUGUCCAUGACGAGACAUCCAGAAGUUAUUUCCCGCCUCGGAAUGUCAGCUCAAUUCUGUGUCCCAAUCUCACGGAACUUUGUCUCAAAAAUCAUUACUAUAUGUGGGAUGCAGAAUGUGCGCUGCAAAGCACUCGACCUAGUAGCUUCUGUCGCAUGCUGUAUCAACGAUGACGAUGCUCAUGUAAUAGACCAGCAUUUCUAUGUCCCUUUCGCUGGCAUUGAUCGCAAAGAGGUGCUCGAGACAUUCAAGCGCGCGUCCCAGUUGCUCAUUCGAUUCAUGAAGCGUAGUGAAUUUGCUUUUGACCCUAUUCAGAUUGCCGCUGAAGCUUAG